ACUAGGGCUAACCUGUAUUUGCAUGAGCAGCUUAUGAAGUGGAUGGGGCAGAGGAGAGUGUAGAAUCUAUUACACAUACAUACCCUCAGCACUGUUUAAUCAGAACUAAAGAUAAUUGACAUUUCAUUUGAAUAAAGCAUUUUUUAUUAAGCCCUAUGUUCAAAACACUAUUCUAAUCCCUGAGAGUACAAAUAGAAAAGAAAAACAGUCCGUUAUGUUCUAAUGGAGGCAGCAACACACAAAAUCAUAUCAGUUUCUGAUGUUGAACCAUCUGACACUGCCAAAGAGUGGUGGCAGCAACUCUCUUUUCCAAGUCUUCUGUAGAUGUGUCUAAAAGCACUUGCCAAAGUUACAUCAACAGAGGAGUUGCAUACCAGGAUGAUGGCUUUCAGCAAUAGGCUAGAAGUACUGCUAUUCCCAAGGUGGAAUUUCUAACAUAAACAGGGCUAAGCAAUUGGAGUUAAGUGACUUGUCCAGGGCAACACAGCUAGGAUGUGUCUCAGGUUAGUACCUCCCAUCUUUUUAAUGCUACCACCUGAGUAACACUGGCAUGGUAGUGUCCACUUACUAGUGUUGCCAGAUGUAUGAAUAGAGUACAAAGGUUGCCAGGGUCUUCAUGAAACCCACAGAGGGUUUAGCAAUGGGAAAAGGUAUAUCCUGAGAAGAGCUACUGAGCACAAUUAUCACAGCACUCCCUUGGCAGAGCAGUGCAACUGUUUCCCAGUUACCAUUCUCACCAAAGUUGAAAGCCCAGCUGGUUCCAACACCCGCCCACUCCUCCUUAGUACCAGGGGCAAGUUCCAGUCUGUUCAACCUGCCAAGCAAUAAUGUUUUGACUAUGCUGUUUUCUUCUGGUCCUGUACCCCUACCCCCCUACUUUUUUACCAAAACUGAGACCCAUAGACGCCUGAGAAGCAAAGUUCACUGCAAGAAGAAAUAACUGAAGUGUUAUUCCCCAAUGUAGUAUUUGCUGGAAACAGAAAACCCAGGUACCCCAGGGCCAUACUAAGCUGCCUCAGGACUUCUCAGUGUGUCUAAUCCAGAAUUAUAGUAUAGUAGUAUUACAGGGCAAAGACAGAGGCUAGGUCACAGGCAAUGAAAUCCCAUCAAUGUUCUGAAGGGAAGGCCAGGCACUGGAAGGGGCAUGCCUUCUGAUGCUUCAUUUCCUGCCCAUCACUGCCCAAAAUUUUAAUUCUCCAUAAGCAUCCUGAAAUUUGAUCAAGGUAGUUGGCCAAACUCUGGUAGUACUCAUUUGGUCGUCCCUUGACUGAACCUUUCACACUCACUGGCCUGUUGGCCUUGAGCCAAGUAGGUAAUGUCCAAGGGCUGGAAAAAAGUGAGUUAUGGCGUUAGGCCAAGGCUAGAAAUAUCUUGAGUAUGAAGUCCUUUUCGGAGAGGCUGAAGUGGUCCAACAGGAUUUUGGGCACAGUUGUAGAUAUGUCUGGCCCUGGGUACCCAGACGAUAGCAUUCUGGGCUUGGGGGGGGGGGGGGUGCGGGGUAAGAGUACAAAGACUUAAGGAGAUGAGUGAGUCCUGUUCAGGAGGUGAGAACGAUAUAACAAAAAGCAGUUGCAACAGUCCCUGCACUCCGUUACAGCCUUUCAUCUUCCAGAACCGUUGCUCUGGGCGCUAUUCAGUUGGUCUGGAAGAUACCCUGGAUCAAUUCCAACCCGCUCUUUCAGCGGCUGAAGGAAGCAUUAGUUACAGCGUCCAGCGAGUCGCCCAAGGCGAUAUGGAUAGGGAGGGAAAAGGCAGUUUGGGAAGCUACUCUGCAUCCCUGCCGGUGGGCAGGGGUCACGUGGAGCGCUCUGCCAGAGUCAUGUGAGUAUCUCUGAGACGAUCGCGGCCAUGUUGGUUAUGGGCAGAUAGCCGGAUCUCCUGAGUGAGGGUGCGCACUACGUAUGAACACCAGAACCAAGAAAAGAAAGCAAAACCGUGAGAACAAUAAAAAUAAAUAAAAAGGAACUCCAAAUCCCACAACCGAUUUAGGAAUGCAAUAUUACACAAAGAUACUUAAAGAGUCAAAGGAGACUCUCGUCAUUGGUGGAGAGCUGGACGAGUCUUCUGAGUUUCCCUGGGUUUUUUACCUGUUCGAGGUUACCUUCCUUUCCCGGUUUCUACAUAGUCAAUUUCGACGUCAUUUUGGUCCUGCUUUUCUUCGUUCUGUCACUAGAGAUAACUGACUUUUCCCUAUUUAAAGUAGGGAAAGAGUAUUUUUUUAUUUACUAUUCCUUUCUAAAACUACUUUAUUUCUUAAAGUGCAAGUUUUCUUUACCUUCACUUGGUAUAAUUAUUUCACCUUUAAUCUCCAGGCAAAUAUAUGGGUGAUAUACACUUUGGGUUUGUUUGUUUGUUUUGUUUUGUUGUCAUUACCAAGAAUGUCAUUAUGGAUAUCUUUGUUCAGAUGCUCUUUUGUUUAGAUCCCCAAUCAAGCAUUUAUUAAGCACAAGCUAGAAUUGGGAAUAGAAAUACAAAGAAUGAAACAAUUCUUUCUCUUUAAGACUUUACAAUCUAAUGGGAAACCGUGUAAGUAUAUUCAGAAUAAAUGUAAAAGAAGUUAGUUAAAAAUUAUGCUAUGUACCUCAUAGCAGCAGUGUCAAGAUCAAGUGGUAUGAAUACCUUUAUAACUUUUGUUGGGUGAAAAUUUAUGACUUUCCAAAAUCAAUUCACAAUUCUACUAGCAAUUAUUAUUCCAGUUUUCCCACAAUCCCACACCACGGAACUUUGCCAUUUUUCACCAUCUUUAUCAAGGUGGAAUUAUGUUCAUUUACAUUUCUCUGAUUCUUUGUGAUCCUGAACCCUUUUGCAAGUGGUUGUUGAUAGUUUGUUUCUCUGUCCUCAUCCCUUGAUUCUUAGCAACAUACAAAGCUUUUGGUCAUUCUCUCUUUCUGGAUAUUCUUUCCUCACUAGGUUUUUAUUAUAUUGCUUUUUCUUGUUAUGGCCCAUGUAACAAAGGGUCAGAGAUGGGUUUUAAACUAUGGAGGAACUGUGAGCACGGAAUAUGGAAUUUAAGAAAACAAGAGAAGAAAUAAAAAGAAAAGAAAGACUACAACACAGUGUUGUGCCUGUAGAGAAUCUCACUUGCCUCUACCCCCAAAGACUUUUGCCUAGAGCUUUUAUUAGCAUAUCAACACUCAUUGAUACAAAGACACACAGAAGGAAAGUAAUCAGUUCUGUUAUAAUUUGGUUAAUAACAAAUAUCUAUUACAGUCAAAGGUCACAUUUUUUAUAUCUGUAAUAUUUGCUAAGGAAAUAGAAAAGAUGAAAAGAUUCUUGGUAGAUAAACUUCUCUAUCAAGAAUCUUCUUUCUCUAAGAAACUUCUUAAAGAAGGUAUCUGGAAUACGGGAGAAUUGGCAAAUUCCUCUACUAUCUAUCCUGAGGGGAGCUUCUGAAAUGUAAAUUCCCAUGUUGGUUGUAAGGAUAAUCAGAAGCCUACCAUUCAAAGUUUACUAGCUGUUGAGCAAGGCCAGACCUAGUCAAUUUGGUAGAGACCCCACUAAUUAUUUUUUUCCAUUGAAGGUUUGAGCACUUAUUAGCCCUCUGAGUUCCUGAUAUGGCCAACAAGAAAAUUGCCUUUACCACAAUAUCUUGUUUUAUGCUGGACCUUAACCUUUGCCAUAAGGCCUCGGUGUUGGCAUUUCAGCAUCCCAGGAUUGGUUAGUGCUUUUGAUCCCGUCAUUUCUUAUAUUCUUAACAGAAGGAAGGAAAUGAGGGAGGGAUAGAGGAUAGGAGGAAAUAGGGAAGGAACAAUGGAAGAGAGGAGGAAAAGGGAGGAUGAAAGUAAGGAAAAGGGAAGGGAAAUAAGAAGGGAUGAAAGAAAGAAGAAAUAGCUACUUGUUAAAUGUUUAAUGUGUGCCAUGCACUGUGCUAAUUUGGGGGGAUACAAAUAUAAGCAAAAAGAAAGCAACCCCUACCCUCAGGGAGUUUAUCUUCAAAUGGGUGGAAACAACACAAAAAGGAGAUGGAAGAUGAAGGAUGGGAAAACUAAAAAUAUACUUGGCAGUGGCAAUAUAAAGGCAUGAUUUUGAAGUCCAGAAAAUCAGCAAUAGGACCAUGAUUGGGAAUGAAGACAGGCCUUCAUCCCUCCACCUCCACAAAAUGGGGACUCCAGAGGUCCCCCUAGAUAUGAACCUGCCAUACACACACCAAUGGGAUGGGGAGAGUAAGUAGGUCUUACAAAGGAAUAUUCCAGAGUAAAAUUUCCAUGCCCUCAUACAUGCUGGAGCUCUGCUCAAAGAAGAUUUCAGUGAACAUCUGUUGCAUUAUUGAAUGAGUAAAAGAUAUCUUAAAAUAUAAUAUAGGCUAACAUUCUAAAAUUGAACAACCAUAUCUUUAUCCCUUCCAGGGCAAAAAUAUCAGGAAUCCAAACUGACUAGGAGGAAGUUCAUAAUGGACCAUAGAUUUAAAGCUAGAAGGGAUCUUAGGAGCCAUUGGGUUCAACCUCCUCAUUUUACAGAUGAGAAGACCAAGGAAGAGAGAAGUUAAGAGAACAAAGAAAUUAAGCCAUAUGGGGUUUAAGGAUGAGCUAUGGACCCAAGUGGGAGGAGGAGUACAGAAGAGAAUGGUAUGAACAGCCAAUCAGAUGCAAGUCUGGUGAGCAGUGUGGGCGGGGCCUGUAAAACUGCCAUUUGGUAGUGGCCACUCCAGAGGAUAGAUGUGACACUUGUAGUUUCAGAGUAACUCUGAUCAAGCCCUGUCCUGUUUGCCGAGUUCCUUAAGGGUUUGUGUCUUCCCAUCUGGCCCGGAGGGCCCUGAAAAUUUUCCUCUGAGAUGAAUAUUGGAAAAGCACCCUUUCCUGAUCGGACUAUUGUCAGAAUAGCUGCUCACUUACCAGACCUCAUUGUCUUUGGAGAUUUUACCUCAGAGCGGCCCUCCAUGGACUAUUUUGAUGGAGUCCUCAUGUUUGUGGAUAUUUCAGGUUUCACAGCAAUGACUGAGAAGUUCAGUACAGCCAUGUAUAUGGACCGAGGGGCUGAACAGCUGGUGGAGAUUCUCAACAACCACAUAAGUGCCAUAGUAGAGAAGGUGCUGAUUUAUGGAGGAGACAUCUUAAAGUUUGCAGGGGAUGCAUUGCUAGCCCUGUGGAAAGUGGAGCGAAAUCAGCUGAAGAACUUUAUCACUGUGGUGGUUAAAUGUAGUCUAGAAAUUCAUGGCGUGUUUGAGAAUCAGGAGUCUGAAGAAGGCCUGGAUAUCCGAGUCAAAAUUGGACUAUCUGCUGGCCACAUCAAAAAGCUGGUGUUUGGAGAUGAAAAAAGUUACUUUCUGGUGGUUGGACAGGCUGUGGAAGAUGUACGCUUUGCACAGAACAUGGCACAGAUGAAUGAAAUUAUUCUGUCACCAAACUGCUGGCAACUCUGUGACCGGAAUGUAAUUGAAAUUGAGAGAAUUCCUGACCAACGAGCUGUUAAGGUUAACUUCCUGAAGCUGCCCUCUACUUAUAAUUUUGAUGAGUUUUUCAUGAAAUGCAUGUCCAACCUGAGUUACUAUCCUUCAGGUGAUCAUAAAAAUAUUUUGAGACUUGCCUCUACUCUAGAGUGUGACCCAGAACUGGAAAUGUGUCUACAAAAGUACAUCAUGGGAAGUAUUUUGAAGCAGAUAGAUGACAAGCAGUUGCGAGGUUAUUUGUCUGAACUUCGGCCAGUCACCAUUGUAUUUGUCAACCUGCAGUUUAAAGGGCAGGAGACGGCAGAUGAUAUUGCCCAGGCCAUCCAAGAUGCCAGUGUAUACAUCAACUCUGUCCUGAAGACAUUCAAAGGCCAAAUCAAUAAAGUCUUUAUGUUUGACAAAGGAUGCUCCUUUCUUUGUGUAUUUGGUUUCCCAGGAGAAAAGGCACCCGAUGAGAUUACCCAUGCUUUGGAAAGCGCCAUAGUCAUAUUUGACUACUGUUCUCAGAUCUUCAAAAUCAGGGUUGUGUCCAUUGGGGUGGCCAGUGGAAUAGUGUUUUGUGGAAUUGUUGGCCAUGCUGUGAGACAUGAGUACACAGUCAUUGGCCAAAAAGUCAACAUUGCCGCCCGGAUGAUGAUGUACUACCCUGGAAUUGUGACCUGUGACUCCGUGACCUACAGCAGCUGUGGCCUCCCUUCCUACUUCUUUAAAGAGCUCCCAAAGCAGCAUAUGAAAGGUGUUGCAGAGCCUGGACCAGUCUAUCAAUGCCUGGGCCUUAAUGAAAAAGUAAUGUUUGGCAUGUCAGCUCUCAACUUUUACAGAUAUAAGGGUUAUCCUCUACUGGGGCGUGAUAAGGAGAUCAGAUUGUUUCUGCAUACCAUGAGAGAAUUUCUCCAGAUGAGAUGCAGUCGAGUUCUAAUGUUUCAAGGCUUACUGGGAUAUGGAAAAAGCCAUUUAAUUAGGGAACUAGGUUUUCUGGCGCAAGAUGACAAUCACAGGGUCAUUGCUAUAGGAUUGACUAAGGUCAGCAUCAAUCACAAUUUUCACACCAUUCAGUUACUCAUGGCCAGUGUCCUGGGCCUUGACACCUGCAAACAUUACAAGGAAAGACAACACCAUCUGAAGGAAAAAGUCAAGAACUGGUUGGAUGUAGAGUUAUACUGCAUCCUCAAUGAUAUUUUCCAUGUUCAGUUCCCCAUGACACGGGAGGCUUCCAAAAUAAGUGAAGUGAAAAAGCAAACUGAAUUAGAAGAAUUAUUUAUGAACAUCCUGAGUGAGACAAGUAGAGAGGAAAAGCUCAUUUUCAUUAUUGAUGAAUCCCAGCACAUUGACAUAGCAUCUUGGAAAUUCAUGGAGGAGCUGAUCCGGAAAGUCAGUGUGUUCUUUAUCCUGGCAUUGUCUCCUUUCCUGGAAACCCCCUGUAAAGCUGCUAGUGCCAUCAUGAAGAAUCGGAAUACUACCUUUGUCAUGAUUGGUGAGAUAAGUUCGAAAGAUAUGCUGUCCAAGGUCUGUUUUGACCUCCAUGUGGUCAGCAUCCCCAAGGAGCUGGAAGUCUAUCUAGUAGAAGGAAGCUGUGGGAUUCCAUUUUAUGGUGAAGAACUGCUGAAAAAUCUCGACCAUCACAAGGUUCUCAUCAUCCAUCAAUAUCAACCAGAAGAAAAGCAAAAGAAGAACUGGAACGUCUUGUUCAAAAAUUACACUAAACCCCAGAUAAACGUAGAUAUGUAUUCAGUCUCUACCAUUGAGAGAAUAGACGUCUGUGACAUUGCCAGCGGUGUCAGAUUAAAAAAUGUGUCACCUCCAGCAACAUUAAAAGAAAUCUCCCUAGUCCAGUUAGAUAGCAUGAGCCUUUCUCAACAGAUGUUGGUGAGGUGUGCUGCCAUUAUUGGAGAGACCUUUACUACAUCACUACUCUUUGAAAUCCUCCCUUGUUGGAACAUGAAGAUGAUGGUCAAAGCCCUGGCGACUCUUGUUCAGUCCAGCAUCUUCUAUUGCUUCCAGAGCCACAAAGAGCUUCGGCAUUUAACCAACCGAAAGAAUGCCACUUUUGAGGUGCAUCACCGAUCUCUGGCUCUGCAGAGCUCCCAAAAGAUAGAAGGUUUAAGUGGCCAGAUAGUGGAGGAGAAUGAGGUGACUCAGAGUCACAUCUUGAGAUUUUGCAAACCUAUAAUGCAGAAGACAGCCUACGAGCUCUGGCUUAAGGAUCAGAAGUCAGCUCUUCAUGUGAAAUGUGCCCGUUUUCUAGAGGAAGAUGCUCAUAAGUGUGAGCAUUGUGGAAGAGGAGACUUCAUUCCCUUCCACCAUUUUGCUGUGGACAUUCGACUCAACACCUUGGACAUGGAAACAGUUAAUAAGAUGAUCGAAACACAUGCAAUUAGAAGUACAGAAACGAUGUUCCCAUACAGUCCAGUAAAUGAAGAGAGAGCUGAAUUUUUGUCAGAAGAUCUCAGUCCUGAAGAAAUAGGAGAAAAGAUCUUGUGUUUAUUUGACAACACUUUAAUAAAAAUAAGCUCAACUGAGGAAAUAACUGCACCUACAGAACCUUGUCAGUGUCUGGAAAUACUGGAAUAUGUUUUAUUACCUCUUGCCUACCACUUUACAAUUCUAGAAGAAUCAAGCAAAGCCUUAUAUUACUACUUAGAAGUUGUAGCUGGUUAUAUCAAUCUAACAGAUUAUUAUUUGGCAUAUGUGUAUUUAUGUGAAGGGGAGAGAUUGUUAAAAUCUAUGAAGCAUGAGAAAUCCUGGAGCUUCAAAUUUGAGGUUGCCAUCUUUUAUGCUCUUAAGGGUCAGGUCUCCUUCCAUGUGGGCCAGAUGGUGCUUGCCAAGAAGAUGACGAGGAAGGCAUUGAAGUUACUAAACCGUGUCUUUCCUUACAAUUGCUUUUCGGUUCUCCUCCAGACACAUAUUGAGAAAAACAAACAUGCCAAUUACAUCAACCAGAAGGCACAGAACCUCCCUCCUCCACAAAAGAGAAAAAUGGCUCAGCUUUACCAACAAAUCUCUUGCCUGUCCACAAUAUGGCAGAUCUACAGCUUGGAUUGUGCUUGUCAUUGCAAGUAUUUUGAGCACCUAGCUGCCAUGAUGCAAGUGAAUUCUGCACUCAAAACUCAAGACGACUUCGAAAUCAUUAAAGCCUACCUGGACUACUCAUUGCACAGUCAACUAGGAGGUUAUCAAGGAUUAUGGUUCAAGUAUGAAGUCAUGGCCAUUGAGACUAUCUUCAACAAGCCUUUGAAUAAAGAGACUAUUGAAAUGAUUCUUCAUGUGGCAGUUAAAUUGUCUCACAUCAAGUUCCUAAUGGGUUACCUGGAGCUGGCCAUUCAGUUGGGCUUUAGAGCAUAUCGGAUGUGGCAGCUGACCAAGAGUCCCAACAUAGAGUACAUGGUCCUUCACCGACUUGGUAGAGCUCUCUUUUUGAAAAACAGAUACUCAAAGUAUAUCGAAGUGCUCCAGUGGAUGUGGUCAUUUGCUGUUGAAGAAGAACACACAGUCAGCCAAGGACUUUUCUAUUUCAACUGUCUAGAUAUCUUGCUCUAUGGUGGCUUUAUUUAUAGGACCUUUGAAGAAUGUCUGCAUUUCAUAAAUGAAAAAGAAGAUAACAAAAUCCUCAAAUUCCACUGUGGCCUGUUACUGGCUCUUUAUUCGGAUGUAGCGAUCUGGUUUGCUAGACUUGAGGAGUGGGGAAGUUUUGAAAUAUUUUACAACAAAGCUAAAAAGUUGGUCCAGAGAAGAAGUAUCUCAAAUAUUCAGUGCGAGGGAUUUAGCAGAUACCUGGAAUGCCAGGUUCUUAAUCUCCAGAAACAAAUUCAAGCACAAACUGAGAACGUCCAAGACAUCGGAGUUGAACUACUCAAGAGUUUGGAGAAUGUGGUAGCUCAAUGUUCCACAGGUCCUUUAUAUUACCCAAGGAUUUACCACCUGAUGGCUUAUGUAUGCAUACUCAUGGGAGAUGAGGACAACUGUAACCUUUUCCUGAGAACAGCCUUACAGAUCUGUGAUGUCCAUGGCAAUCUUCUUGAGAGAAGUUGGCUAACUAUCAGCAAAAAAUGGUGGUACUCCGACAAAGUGAAUACGGAUGAGAGUUGGCUUCAAAUAGUCUUGCUUCUUCCACAAUGGGAUGAAAUCAAAUUAGAUGAAUUGAAAAUAAAGAAUGUUGAACAAAACAAAUUCCGAUUUAAAAUUGCCAUUACGGACAGUACCUUCUAGCGUUUUUUAUGGGACUGAAGAACUUGGAAAGUAAAUAAUUUUCAUUAUAUAAAUCAUUUAUAAGCUUCCUUUCUGUGAAUGUUAAAUUCUUCCAGUUUCUGUUUCAGACAUUUUGGGUUUCUUCCCUCUUUGGCAAAAUGUGGAGCUUAUUAUCUUUAUAGAACCUAUCCUUCUUCUCCAUCCCCAAUUUCUGUCUGAGAAGGGCAUUUGCUCUUCUUUGACCAGUUUCAUUAAAAUGUUUACUAUUUUUUUAGCUUAACCUAUUUAUUUCAAUCAAAACCUGUCCCCCUCCAAAAAAAAUAAAAUAGAAAAUACAAUGACAAGUGUCAUAGCCAUCAUCUCUAGAGAAAUAGGAAUCAAAGUAAGAUUUAUUAUUUGUUAAAUUGCUAAAUUAUUAAACAUUUGUGUAUAGUGUAAAGUUAUGAAAGCACCAUAUAUUAUUGGUUCAGAAAUAGGAGAAAGAUAAGUAGGCAUAUAAGAAACAUUUUUGUAUUGGCUAAUUAGCUACAAGAUGAUUAGAGUAUUAUUGUUCUUGUCUAUAUAUCCUAUGCUUCAAUUUGUGGGAGUAAUAAAGACUGAAAUGAAAAAAAAUUGUGGUGUUAAGCCUAGUGCUUGGAACUGGAGUGAUGGGAUGGAAGAGAAAAAGAGGGAUGUGAGGAAAUGUCAGAAUAGGUUAAUAAUAAAACAUUCAGAUUUAGCUUUAAA